AUAUGAUGCCCAGGGACUCCAGAAAGCCUCGCUGAGAAAGAAAGGCAGCUCAUGGGUAUGAUCAAUCAGCUGACCAGUUUGCGAGAACAGCUGCUAGCAGCUCAUGAUGAACAGAAGAAACUGGCUGCCUCACAGAUCGAGAAGCAACGCCAGCAAAUGGAGCUGGCUAAGCAGCAACAAGAACAGAUUGCAAGACAACAGCAGCAACUUCUGCAGCAGCAACACAAAAUUAACCUUCUUCAGCAACAGAUCCAGGUCAGAGACUGUAUCUCCACCCAUAUCCCUGUUACCCCUUCCUUUCUGUUCCCUCAUGUUUUCCCUCGGGCAUUUUUGUUGUAGUAUCUUUAAGGAUCUCUGCAGAUGGCUUACAUCUUAUUUAUGGAAACACAUGAUGAUGUUACCUGUCAUUAAGCGAAAAAAGUUUCUGGAAGGCCUUGAGUGAUUAACACUACUCCUACAGGAAUCAGGAAGCAGAUGAGAGGGGAGCUGGUAACGUGAACAAGGAUUUGCAGGAUGAAGUCCUCUGAAAGUGCUCUUCAGGUUUAAAUCAAGAGUGGCAAAAAACGUUGCUAAAAUGUAAUGGAUUGCAGUGGCUCUUUUCCAAAUCUGUUCUUGAGACUUUACUGAAUCAGUUCUCUUCAGUGAUCUGUAAUCAAGUCUCUCCUUCCCAUUGCCUGAAGUUUCCUGAAGUUUCAACACAUUAGGUGAAGUAAGUGUGUGAGAAACUGGCCUAAAGGUUGGUUAGAUCCUAGAGAACAACUGGGCUCUCUAGGAGUGUAGGCAACUACGUGUAGGUCCUAGGCAUCUACAUGUUUACUACUGGUAGGAGGAAAAAAAAUGCUAAUGCAGUGUAACUAGUAAACUUUAUUUAACUUCUUUUUCUUCCCUUAACACAUUUGGAGGUCUCUUUUCAUGGCAAUAUUUCAGUACUUUUCUUCUGCAUGUACAUAUGCAUAGCCUUGUUCUCGGUAUAAUGCAAAUCAGUUUGCCUGUGAAGGUUUACAAGAAGUAAGACGGGGUCUGACAUUUACAGCUAUCUAGAGUCAUGGUAGAAUCUGUGCUUGUUUAAGUAUGCAGUUAUUUACAGAGCAAUGCAAGUCAGUGUGGAAGUGGAUGUUAUGUUCUGUUUGUUCAGUAACAUCAGGAUCUUCUUUCCAAAAUGCUUUAGAAUUAGAUGCCUAAAAUUAUGGGCCAUAUCCUUAGCUGCUUUACAAAAGCAUAAUUCCAGCCAAAUCGGAGGAGUUGCAUAGCUUCGUGCUAGCAAAAAAGUGGCUAAUAUUUCAAAUGAUACUUUAUCAGGAGUUCUGUAACUGUGAAAAACUUCUGGUGAAGUUUCACUUCUGCGUUACAAGGCAACAUGUAUACAAGAUGUGAUUUGCUGAAAAGAGUUUUGAUGUUAGAAGGCCUGAAUUAGGUUUGACCUCUGUUU